UUUCUACACCAGUGCCACCAUGUUGUCUCUGUGUUGCCUUCUUGUUACGGUUGCUUCAGUUUAUGCUGCACCUGCCGAACAGAUCGUCGGUGGAUCUCCAGCAGCUAACUGCGAAUUUCCAUCUAUUGUCCAUCUCACAAUAUUUAAUCAGCCCACAGAUAACAUGGUUAGUCUAUGUGGUGGUACUUUGAUUGAUUCUACACAUGUAUUGACAGCAGCUCACUGUCUAGAAGGUCAUGUCAGAAAAGUUAGAGUAAAUAUUGGUACCAACGACAAGCGGAUUCGUGGUCCUCAGACAACAAAUGCUAUUCAAAUUAUGAGUCAUGAACAUUACGUUCACCAACCCUACCUCAUACAGAACGACAUCGCCAUAUUGACUUUGAGCAGACCAGUCCGUGAAGUAGGAUGUGUGAAAUUUGCAACUAUGGCCUAUCCAGGAGAAACAUUUGAUCAUAAAAGAUGUAUCGCUGCUGGAUGGGGAAAUCUCUUUUUCAAAGGAAAUAGCCCUAACGAAUUAUAUAAAGUGGCCCUUCCAGCUAUUCCCCAUGCUGUUUGUAAAAGAAGAUCUAGGAUGCGAAUUGUUGACGGAAUUCUUUGUGCCGGGGAUUUCAGACCAGGUGGAGCAUCUACUUGCCAGGGUGACUCUGGUGGUCCACUUUAUUGUCCAAGAUCAAAUGGUGAAAUGGUGUUGGCAGGAGUAACAUCUUUUGGACAUAAAUGUGAAAGACAUAUCAGUGCUUUCAGCGACGUCGGAUAUUUCCGAAACUGGAUCGAUAGGCACACGUGAGAAGUACUUUGAUGA